AUGAACAAGACUCAGAUUGGAGACACAGCAAUCGCCCCACCUGCGUCCGGAGUGGUCGCACAGACAGCGGUUAUUGUGGCGGUAUCUCCGGAGAGCAUGGACAACCUCAGCCCGAAGCGAGUGUCUGGCAACGAUUUAGAAAGAGAAGUGCUUCAAGGCGGGAGAGGAGACGCUUCACUGCGACAAGACCCCGCGCCAGCCGUCGCACCAACGGUCCAUCGGACGACUUCAUUUUCAGUUUUGGACAUUUUGGAUCCGAAUAAGUUUACAAGUAAAAAACCAAGAACAGUCAUCGACUUCACCUUAGGAGCAGAGAACCGAGGGGACGAGGAAUCGUCACAUGGAUCCGACCAGAAAACGUAUACAGACUACGAUACUUGUAAAAAAUCUUCAUCAUUAUCAAAAGAUAGCUAUGUGUACAGAUCUGACGAGUGUGAACACGACUUCAUCCAGGGGAACCACACGGACAGUGAGAUGCAGGACGAGCUGUGUAGCGAGGAGAGUAGCAGCGCGCUUAUGAGCAACGCGGACGGAGGAUUAGAUCCCCAUGAAGAGGACAACGCGCGAGAGAAAUCUCCAAGUCCUUCUUGCACACCAACACAGCAGUCGUCAUCAAACGGUCAAAGCAACCAGGUAAAACCUAAGAGAAAGCGCUCUGGGUCAGACUCCAAGUCGGGAAAGCCUCGGAGGGCUCGUACAGCAUUUACCUACGAACAACUUGUUGCACUCGAGAACAAAUUCAAGUCUACCAGGUACCUCUCCGUCUGUGAACGACUCAAUUUGGCGUUGUCACUCAGCUUGACAGAGACACAAGUGAAAAUCUGGUUUCAGAACCGGCGUACGAAGUGGAAAAAACAAAAUCCAGGGGCAGAUACCAGUGCCCCAACUGGCAGUGGCACGAACGGUCAGAACGGAUUGGGGGGUCUCAGCCCUCUGAGUCCGUCUCCUCCAAUGGGCGGCCAUCUGUCUAUGCACACCAGCUACCCGGGCCAUGCACCAGGGGGACUUGUCUGUACUGCUCAAUUACCGUUUCUGCCAAGUCAUGCAGUUCUCUCACCUUUCAUGUUAAGUUCACAGACAUAUGGGGCGCCCACAUUUUACACUCCGCACUUAUGA